AUGGCCCUCGUCGCCGCGCUGGACGGGUGGGAUCUCCCAACGACCUCUGCAGAAGGUGCUCGCCGGUAUGAUGUCGCAAGGGCAAUGGCCAUUGCCCGGUCACACAUCUACCCGCGUGACAUCUCUGCCUCGAGAAGGGCCACUGAAAAGGCCGAGACGUCGUCCGCGUUUGCCGUCCUGCGCGCAGCCGGACGCCUCGGCGAGCUGCAUCAAGACUUUACAGACGCCGUGGAGGCCAGGUUCUAUCUUGUCAGAAACGACGUGUCGCGCUUCCUCAGUGCCCUGCAAAAGACUGAGACGCUGUCGGCCACACCGCAGACACAGCACAUGAUGGUGGACAUGCUAGAGCGCAUGGCCACCUGGCAGCGCGCGUGGGGGCUCCCCCUGCGCUCCUUUGGAGACAACAAGACCAUGUCGUCCUUUACGACCCAGUUCCAGCAGCUCCUCUAUGCCGCCCUCCCCGCCGCCUUCCCCGAGUACAUGCGCAACUUUCUCGCCGGGUCGCUCGCGUCUCUCCCGCCAAACGACGAGGACGAGGACGACCCCGAGCUGCUGUAUGCCGCCACCAACAACCCUCCCCAGACCGUCACCCCGGCCAAGAGCAAGCGUCGCGUGCCUGCACCUUCACCUCACCUGCAUCGCUUGUCAACUCUGCCGCGGUACGCCACCACGCUGAUGCGCGUCGCCUAUGACGACAUUGAGGCCAUUGCCCAGGAGGAGGCUGCAGCAGGGUGGACGGAACGCAGGUUGGGCCGUGCGAGGCAGCGUGUUUCCGACAGUGUCGUCACUUGGAUGUCUGGGGUGUUUGAAAAUGAGCUGUUUGACAUUAUUGUCGACUACCCGGACUCGUUGGCUGCCCUCGAGGACCUCCGCGACUGCCUGGCCAAGGUCGACCAACGUGGCGUUCUCGUGGACAAGCUCAGAGCAGCCAACUUGAAGCGCCUGCUGCACCCUGGAGCAGAGACAAAGGACGUGAUUACGCAGUACAUUUCCACCAUCCGUUGCCUGCGCAUCCUCGACCCCAUCGGUGUUCUCUUGCACAAGGUCGCCGAGCCAAUUCGCCGCCACCUUCGCGACCGUCCAGACACCAUUCGCUGUAUUGUCUCUACCCUUGUAGAGGGCGAAGAGUUGCAAGACGAAAACGACCCGUCGUCUGCGGAACCCUUGGCGUCGACCAACGACAACACGGUGGAAAAGUUUUGGGAUCCAAAGUGGGAGCCAGAACCCAACGACGCUGCACCGGAAUUCCGCACGGGCAAGACGGCAGACGUCGUCGGUACCCUCGUCAGCAUCUACGAGACCCGCGAGGUCAUUGUCGACGAGCUCCAGGCAUACUUGGCCAUGCGUCUUCUCGCCAUCAACGACUAUGACUCGGUCAAGGAGCUCCGCACCAUUGAACUGCUCAAGAUUCGCUUUGGCGAAGAGGCGCUGCAUGUCUGCGACGUCAUGCUCAAGGACAUGGCCGACUCGAAGCGCAUCGACGACCACGUCCACGGCGACAUUGACUCUGUCAUCCACCCACUCAUCAUCUCGCGCAUGUUCUGGCCAGUGAUCCAGUCAUCGUCCUUCCACCUCACGAAAAAGCUCGAGACAGUCCAGACCAAGUACGAGGCCGCGUUCCACCACUUCAAGCCCGACAAGCGGCUGCGCUGGCUCCAGGAGAUGGGCAACGUGUCCGUCAGGCUCGAGCUCGAGGACCGCGUCGUCGAAGUCGAGGUCACGCCGCUGCAGGCUGCCGUGGCCGAGCUGUUCGAGUCGCAGGACCGCUGGACCGAGGCCGACCUCAUGGACAGGCUCGUCGUGGGCGACAUCCCCGUCCGCACCGCACUGGCCGUGUGGGCAAGCCACGGCGUGCUCAAGGAGGAAGACGGCGCGUGGCGCCUGCUCGAGGUGGUGGAGGAAGGCACCGACGCGCACAGGUCAUACGUGCUGGAGUCGGCCGCACCCGUCUUUGAGAGCGUCGACGAACAGCGUGCCCAAAAGGGCGGCAUGUACUGGAUGUACAUAAAGGGCAUGCUCAGCAACCUCGGCCCGCAGAACAUUGAGACGAUGCAGCGCAUGCUUGCCCUCGUCAAGGACUAUGACCAGACAGUCGACGAGCUGGCCGUGUUCCUCGCCGCGGCCAAGCGCGAGGGGCAGGUCGAGCAGCGCGCGGACGGGACGUGGCAGUUGUUGUAG